AUGUUUGGUCUCGGAACAUGCCGGCUAAUGGAGUGUGAUAUUGCAUCAUAUCAUGUGGAGUCGUUCAAUUAUUUGGCCGAGCAGGGAGUGCAAUUGGCAGCUCUGGACGUUCCUGCUGAGAAAUUUCGCCUCCCCAAUGGUGAUGCUGUGGAGCUUCGUUAUACCGGCGCUCAGCUGGGGUAUCCGUCGCUUGAAAUUAAAGGAGCCACCUCGGUAAUUGAUCAGCUAAAGUUGUUCCCGUCGGAAUGCAGGCAGCGAGGCCUGACAUACAGAGGCCCAUUGAAGGUGGGCAUUGAAAUACGCAUGAAUGGUAUUAGAACGGAUUUAUGUGAAGUUAUCGUCGGAGAGGUGCCGAUAAUGUUAAGAUCGAGCAGAUGUCACCUGCAAUGGCUGACUAGGGAGCAGCUAAUAGCACAUGGCGAAGAAGGCAGUGAAAAGGGCGGAUAUUUUAUUUGCAAGGGAUCUGAAAAGGUGAUUCGCCUUUUGGUUGCUAAUCGUCGCAACUAUCCAAUCGCACUGAUAAGGCGUACAUUUCGAGAAAAGGGACCAUUGUUCACGCAGUACGGUGUAAUGAUGCGUUGCAUUCGUGGCUGUCAUUCCGCCUCAAUAAUAACUCUGCAUUACCUCGAAAAUGGCUCCAUCGUUAUUGCCUUGCAGGUUCCUUUCUUUCUAAUGAAGUUGCUGUCGUUAAUUUAA